AUGGAGUACUGCAAAUUUCACAAAGGUAAACGCAAAACAUUGCUCGGUGAAUGUGUGGAAGGUUACGAAAACAAUUCAUUUCUAAAUGUUUUCAAUAAAGAAUGCGACAAGUUGUUCUCUCAAAUCGAUUGUGAACUUGAUAAACAAUAUGGUACAGUUUUAUCUGAUAUGGCUGCCUUCACAAACUUAUGUUGGAAAAAAACUUCGAACAUGCGAGCGAUACCAACGAUGGUAGUGCGUUGUGAAGCUGCAGAUGGAUAUGAUUUUAUAAGGUCUCUGAUCAAAUUAUUAAACGUGAAACCAAUUUGUAUAUCACCGUCGAAAACUAUCUCUCUACAUGAUGUAUAUGAAGGAUUAAAUAAGAUGGGGGAUAAGAAAUUUGUGAUACUGAGGCAGUUUGAAUGCUUUACAGCACCCAAGUACUUGGAUGGUUUAAUUUCCAUAUUUACUGAUCCAGUGUGGGAGAAGAAAAUUGUUUUUCUAAUAACAGUAGCUAUAGACUUCAACAUUAUUUUUGUUCGUUUCUCACAAGAAAGUUUUUGGAAAUUGGAUAUUCAAUUCUACUGUUUACCUGCACCGAAGUAUAUUCUGCAGACUGUUUCCAAGGCUGUUGCAGUCAAUCCUACUAAUCACGUUGGAAUUCGCAUUGAGCAUACUCAAGCAGUUUUACGAAAGCUUGCUAAUUUUCAGAUUGUAAUUGAUGGUUUUCUUCACAAAGAACUUCGAAAUAGAUUUUUGAGAGAUAGCUUAUCCAUUUCUGAAGUUAAACGUAUUCUCAAAGUGACGUUAUUGCAUAAGAUGUUGGAGUGCAAAGAUUUUGGUCAAGAUGUGGCUAUCAGUGCCGAAAAUGCAACUUUAUUAACAAUGUAUGAGACGUUUUUAUACCUAUUACAUGAACUGACUACUGAUUUUCCGAAUCAAGCAGAAGAUGUUUACGAACUGCAUAACUGGAUACAGUUGAAUCGGAAUUUUUUCAGUGAAAAAGAAGGACCAUAUUCCAUUUGGAUAACAUGGAGUGUUGACGAAAUGUUACAUUGUUUACAGAAGUUGUGGACUCCUGUAAAGAAGAUCGCUCGUUGUUAUAGUAAAGAAAUUGAGGUAUUGCUUGCUGAUUUGCGGGAUGCUGAUAAUCAAAAAAAUGACCUGUUAAAGCAAUUAUCAAAACAUCAUCAUGAGGAAGCUGCUGCUGUUGGUUCUAGUAAAAGAGUAUCCUUCCAUGAAAUGCAGCUACGAUUGAGAAAUAAAAUCGCUCAUAAGAAACGUUUAGACCUAGUUCAUCAAAAUCACCAGAGAUUUGUCAAGCUCCUUACUCAGAUUAUGUCGAAAGCAUUAAGAUGUUUCAAUGAUAUUCCAAUUCUGGAAAAGAAACUGUUGACAGGAAGACGAGAUAUACUGGACAUGGUAUUUCCCUCUUUUUCAUCUAAUUUGGAACAAGCGCUUCUGUUACCAAAAUGCGAAAAGCAGGAUUACAGUAAAGUUCAAAUGGAUAUCUGUUUUGCUUACCGCUCUCUUCUCGAUCUUUCAUUGGAAUACGUGAACAUUCCAGUGCCUGUCUGGCUGGCGAAAUUUAAAAAAUAUAUAGCAAAAAUGAAAGGCAUUAGUCCAGUUUUGCGUCUUUUUCGGUGCAUUGGCGAAUUGGAAUUUAUGGGAAUUUUGAAGCCAGCUAGCGAUGGGAAUAGAAAUAAAGUCAAGAUUCUUUAUCUACCGCAGUCGGUCGCAUAUUAA